UAUUUUAAGAAUCAUAAUCUCAGCUUGCUUUGGAACACACGAAUUUUAUUAUUUUUAAGUUUUCACUUGGAAAUAUAUAGUAUUCUUAUCACUUAGUCAAACUACAAUGACAGUCCAAAGCAAGUUGAUUGAUCCGCUGUGCAUCACGUGCAAAGAUUUCCAGCAUCCCUGGACUGACAAGUGUGUAAAUGCCACAGCUGGCAUUUUAUUAUCCGCGACUCCGUAUUGUCUACGCGUCUACACAAUCGUCUAUGCAUUUUCGCUGCUCAUGCGCCACCGCGUGCCAACGCUGGGAGACUUAAGACGCACCAUACUGGGCAUUAUACAAUCCACAGCAUUUCUGGUGACCAAUGCGUAUACGUUUAUCUUGUACAACUGUCUGCUACGCAAUUUACUGGGACGCUAUUACUUUGGAACUGUUGCAUUUAUACCGUCAUUCCUGUCCUCACUGACGGCCAUUAUUGUUGAGCGUCCAGCACGUCGUCCCCUACUUGCCACCUAUGUCGCCAAUGUGGGUACAGAAGCGCUCUGGCGCAUGGCCGAGUCACGCAACUGGGUGCGUUCAAUACCACAUGGUCAAACGCUUAUCUUCGCCGGCAGUAUUGCAACAUUGCUUUAUAUGUACCGCACGUCAGCGCCAAAAGAUUCCAUCUUCAACAUUCUACGCAUCUUUGUGGGCAAAGAGGAGGCUGGCCCCAUAGCAGAACCAGAGCCCUUAGAGGCCGGUCAGCAGCCAGCACCAGCGCGACGUCGACCAUCGGUUUGCUUCUCCUCCGUCUCGGACUGGGUGCGCGUCUAUAGCAAUCUUAUACGUGCCAAGCAUACGAGCUGCCGUCACCAGCAAAGCUGUGCCGCCUACGCUGUGCUGGGUGGCCUGCGUCCUUUUGUUGGCGGCGUCGCGUUGCAAGUGGCACUCAAGCUAGUGAUGAACAUCAAGAAGGUGGCCAGCGGCAAGAUGCAAUGGGAGAAGCACAUCUUCAACAAAAACACACUGCAGCUGGGCAUAUUCAUGGGCAGUUUUUCAUUUCUAUACAAGUCGGUGUCAUGCCUGUUGCGUCACAGUUUCAAUCGCGAUCAGGCCUUCUAUGCCAUUCCAGCUGGUCUGGUGGCGUCGCUAGCCUUCACCAAAUAUCCGGACAACACAGUUGCUCUGUAUGUGAUGUGGAAAGCCUUGCAGAUACUUGGUACUAUGGGCCAAGAGCGCGGAAUAUUGCCCCACGUUCCACACUUUACGCUUUAUCUGUACGCAUUCUUUACGGCCGUGCUCUUUCACGCUGGCGUCAUGGAAUCACAAUCACUACGACCGAACUAUUUCAAGUUCUUGCAGGCCAUAUCAGGCGAAAGGCUCAGCAAGUUUAACUUGAGCGCCUUUGAUGUAUUUGGCCUGAACACUCAACAGCAAGCUCACGAGAUGGUAAAGAGCUUAAAUAUUGUGGAUAAAUCGUCGCUGCCAGCAUUUUCUUUUGCCUCACGCGGCUUCGAACGGCUCAAGUAAUACUAAAAUGUGCCUGAAAACUAAGAGAGAACCCAACCCAUCAGUCUAAGCACUAUAAGUGCGCAUAUCCGUAACACUAGAAACAGCUAACAUAGUACACAAUUAUCGUUGUGUGCGUGUGCAUGUAUAUAUGUAUGUAUUCUUAUAUGUAAGUAGAGUAUCAGCCGUUGAUGUUGGCAUAUGGGGACUAAUUGAUAAUUGAGAAAUAUUUUUGCUAACAAUAAAAACACUGUGCAACAAAUGUGCGUAACGCUAUUAGCUUGCAGUCUU